AUGAUUAUUGUUCACAACAUGCUUAAAGAUGCGAAAGCAACUUGCAUUAAAGAUCUGGAAUUAAUUCUUGAAAAGGAAAAGGUAUUUUUCUCAAUGGAUAGAAAUUUUGAAGAAAAAAUAGAUUCUCUUCAUGCAUUUCAAUCACUUCAAUCACUUCAAUCUUCAAAAUAUGCAUACAGACAGGACUGGUUUGACUAUUUCAGUCUGCCAACAAAUGAGCUCGAUUUUGGCAAAAAGUCAAAGAAGUCUUUAAGCGAAAUGCCAAGAAUAUUGCCCAAGUAUAUUGUGGUGUAUUACAUGCUGGCAAUAAAUCGAAUUUCUGAUAACUUCUCACACAGUGUACUUCACUUCCUAAUGAGUAAUCUUCACACAUCUUUGGAAACCAAACUUCCUUCUCAUGUUGCCCAACCAAAAGUUUAUAAUUUGAUUGAGGAAGAUACUGUUGGAGCUGAAGAAAGGAGGAAAGUUCUAGAGAAGAAGUUAGAUGGCUUAGAAAAGGGUAUUGAUGAAAUAGAUCAUCUUCUUUUUAAUCAAAAUUUCACUAAUAACAAGAAAGGGCAACUGAGAGAGGAAGAAGAGCAGAGUGAAGAGGAAGAAGAGAUAGAAGAGCAGAGUGAUGAGAAAUAG